AUGUAUUCAUUAACUAAAAAAUCAACUUUUAAUCAAAUCAAACAAAUAAGGCCAAUCAUAUCAACUUCAAUAAUACCUUCAUCAACUCAAAUAUAUACAUCAAAACGUAAUGUUUCAUCAAAAGAAUUAACUCCACAAAAAUUACCAACAGAUUUCCCAUUAAUGUCAGAAAAAACAGCAUCAAGUCCGAUAGAUUAUGCAUUAACUUCAUUAGAUACUAUAGCCAAUUGGGCAAGAAAAUCAUCAUUUUGGCCAGUUACUUUUGGAUUAGCAUGUUGUGCAGUUGAAAUGAUGCAUGUAUCAGCACCAAGAUAUGAUCAAGAUAGAUUAGGUAUUAUUUUUAGAGCUUCACCUCGUCAAUCAGAUAUUAUGAUUGUUGCAGGUACUGUUACAAAUAAAAUGGCUCCUGCAUUGAGACAAGUUUAUGAUCAAAUGCCAGAUCCAAAAUGGGUUAUAUCUAUGGGAUCAUGUGCAAAUGGUGGUGGAUAUUAUCAUUAUUCAUAUUCAGUAUUAAGAGGUUGUGAUAGAAUUGUUCCUGUUGAUAUUUAUGUACCUGGUUGUCCUCCAACUGCUGAAGCUCUAAUGUAUGGUGUUUUUCAAUUACAAAAAAAAAUGAUGCAAACAAGAAUAACUAGAUUAUGGUAUAGAAGUUAA